AUGGAAGCCGCGGCGGCCAUCCGCAACACGGCGUCCUUCGCCUCGCCGGCGCUGCGGAUCCGCGCGGCGAGAUCCGCCUCCGUGGCCGCGCGCGCCGGCAGCUCCAGCCGCGGGGACUGGCAGACCGCCUGCGCCAUCCUCUCCAGCACCAACGACAACCAGGCGCCGGCGCCGGCGCCCAAGGUGAACGGCCAGACCACCAAGCUGGCGCCGCCGGACGCCACCACGCCCGCCUCCCUGGAUCUGGCCCCGGCCACCACCAACCUCAAGCGCCCGCUCAGCAUCAGCGACCUGUCCCCCGCCCCGCUCCACGGCGCGCAGCUCCGCGUCGCCUACCAGGGCGUCCCGGGCGCCUACAGCGAGGCGGCCGCCGGCAAGGCCUACCCGAACUGCGACGCCAUCCCGUGCGACCAGUUCGAGGUGGCCUUCCAGGCCGUGGAGCUCUGGAUCGCCGACCGCGCCGUGCUCCCCGUCGAGAACUCCCUGGGCGGGAGCAUCCACCGCAACUACGACCUGCUCCUCCGCCACCGCCUCCACAUCGUCGGCGAGGUGCAGCUGCCCGUCCACCACUGCCUCCUCGCCCUUCCCGGCGUCCGGCGCGAGCUCCUCGCCCGCGUCAUCUCGCACCCCCAGGCCCUCGCGCAGUGCGAGCACACGCUCACCCGGAUGGGCCUCAACGUGGCGCGCGAGGCGCACGACGACACGGCCGGCGCCGCGCAGCACGUGGCCGCGCAGGGCCUCCGCGACACGGCCGCCAUCGCCUCCGCCCGCGCCGCCGAGCUCUACGGCCUCGCCGUCCUCGCCGACGGCAUCCAGGACGACGCCAGCAACGUGACCCGGUUCGUGGCGCUGGCGCGGGAGCCCAUCGUCCCGCGCACGGACCGCCCCUUCAAGACCAGCAUCGUGCUGGCGCACGACCGGGAGGGCACCUCGCUGCUCUUCAAGGUGCUCUCGGCGUUCGCCUUCCGGGACAUCAGCCUCACCAAGAUCGAGUCCCGCCCGCACCGCCACCGCCCCAUCCGGCUCGUCGACGACGCCAACGUCGGCACCGCCAAGCACUUCGAGUACAUGUUCUACAUCGACUUCCAGGCCUCCAUGGCGGACGUCAGGGCGCAGAACGCGCUCGCAGAGAUCCAGGAGUUCACAUCCUUCCUCAGGGUGCUCGGGAGCUACCCCAUGGACAUGACGCCCUGGGACAGCACGGCGCCGGCGUCGGCGUCCUCCAGCUCCUCCUCAUCGGAUCAAUGAACUAUUCUUUUAGAGCAAGAUUUGGUCGGCCAGUUACUACUUGAUAUAGCUGAUGCUCUCCUAGUAGCUUCAAUUUUCGCCGUGCUGCUGCCCCCUUUGCAUUCGUUGUGGACAAAUUCAUUGAGAAAAAAGACAAGUGAGCAUACCAUAUACGAUUCCUUUAUUGGUUUCAGGUUGGAAUACAAGUGUUGGCAUUUUGAUG